GCCACAGAGGAGCGCUUGAGGAAGGAAUCCAGCCACAGCCUCCAGAUCCAGCACCAGGCACACCGGCUGGAGCUCCAGGCCUUGGAAGAAAAGGCCCAGCAGGAGCUCCAAGGGGAGCUCGAGAGGAUGCAGGCUCAGCAGGCUCUGCUGUUAGAGUCCCUCAGGCAGGAGCUCUCGGAGCAGCGGGCUGCCUGCUCUGAGCACCAGAAGGACCUGGAGGUGCUGCAGGCAGAGCUGAGGACUCUGGGCAGCGUGGGCAGGCGGCAGGCGAUCGCCCAGUGCCCAGGGGACAGCGAGGACCACACCGUCGCUGCCGAGGACGGGGGCGGCCCGGGCCAGGCCGGCUCCCCGGAGGGCGCCGCGGAGCCGAGUCCGAGCGAGGCGUGCGGCCUCUGGGAGGAGAACUCGCAGCUCAAGGACGCGGUGCAGCGGCUGCGGGCCGAGGUGGAACAGCACCAGCAGGAGGCGCUGCAGCUCCGCGACCAGCGCAGGCUGCUGGAGGAGGAUCAGCAAGCCCAGCGGGCCCGGGAGGUGGAGAAGCUACGCCAGGAACACCGGAAGGAGAUGCAGGCCAUGGUGGCAGAUUUCAGCAGUGCUCAGGCCCGGCUCCAGGCCCGGCUGGCUGCCCUGGAAACUGAACUGACAGAUUCUGGAGAGAAGCCAGGGAAGGGGGCGUCCAGACCAGAGGACGUUCAGCUCAUAGGCCGUCUGCAGACCCGCCUGAAGGAGAGAGAGGAGAUCAUCAAGCAGCUCAUGGAGGAGAGAAGAUUUCACUAUGCAGCCUUCCCCAGUGCCAUGUCCCAUAGGAAUCGGUCCUUCUCUUUCAAUCCUCACCCAGGAUAUUUGACCCCUUCCAUGAAGAAAAAGAAGAUGGAGGAAGUGCCCAGCCGAGUGGUCAGUGUGCCAAACCUUGCCUCCUACGCCAAGAACUUUCUGAGUGGUGAUCUGAGCUCCAGGAUCAACGCCCCUCCAAUAACUAAAUCACCCAGCUUGGACCCAAGCCCCAGCUGUGACCAGCCUUACAAACCCACCCAGUCUCUGGAUGUGAAAACCGCCACGAGGACACAAGAUGGUGAAACAGCCCAACCCAAAGAAGUCCAACAGAAACAGGGCUCUGCCCACCAGGAAUGGUUUACCAAGUAUUUUUCGUUCUAAACUGAUUCUUGGGAUCCAUCACAAAGAGGACAUUUGAAAAACAUUUCUUUUAAAGCAACUGAUUGAAGGAAUGAACCAAACAACCAACCAACCAAGUAACUUGCUUGUGAUAUGAUUUAUAUAUAAUAGCCAAAACAAAUUUUGGCCUUAACAUUUCAUACUAUUUCAUUGUGACACCAGUGCUUAAAAAAAAUUCUUGCCAUUAAGGUUAAAAACCAAACAAACAAACAAAAAACAACAAAAAAGUGUUAUCAAAAGUCACCCAUAGGAAAACGUUAUUAAUGUUGCUGAUAACCUUCACAUUGUAUUUCUAGUAUCCAGAAGAUUUCAUUCCACUUUAUGGAAUACCAGGCUUUGUGAUUUCCAUGGUCUACUCGAAAAGUGGUUCGUUUUUCCUUAGAAUGCUAGUCAUCUCCACUUGAAAAGUAUUUCUAUGUAAAUGACAUAAUUCCAAAAUGCACAUUCAACCUCAGUAGGAAGAAGAGUAAAACAAAGUUCAAAAUACUCAUGAAAGCCAAUUAAAAACACGAGGCAAAACUAGGAGUGGACUAUAGGAAACCUUGGCAUACUUGGAUUGAAUGCUUUGACUUCAUAGCUCCAGAACAUGAAGCAGACUAUAGAGGGGAUAACACCUACCUCAAAAGGGGCUUUGCAAGAAUUAAGCAAAAUAUUAUGAGUAAUGAUACCAAUCAUGAAUUGUAAUUAACCACUGCCAGUAUUUUUCUGUGAAUAACUGAGCCUCGCCCCAUCAUCCAUCUCAGUUUCAAUGAUUGUAGUUUCAAUCUGGUCACUUGUCAAGGUUUCUAGAGUAUUCUAUGAAGUCAAAGACCUACUGAACCUGUAGUCUUUGGGCUUAGGCCCUUUGCCUCAUGGUGCAUUGCUUCCCCAUUGCAUAGAUGCUCAGUACAUUAAAGGGAAUCGGGACUGGCCAUUCACAGUGCUGACCUGUCAGUCCACACUGAAUUGUCUGACAUUCUUACAGAGCAGUGUGAUUUGACAAGACUCAAUACAAUUUGGGCAAAAUAUGUUCUCAGUCCUUUGGUGCUGGCCCCACAGGUGGCCAUAAACAGUUGUUUAUUCCAUGCACUGUCAAACCCUGCUCUUUGAAUAAAACUUUAAACAACUGGGCAAUAAAAAA